AACGCGCCGCUCUCAGUUCGGUUUUCAGUCAGUCAGUUCAGUUGGCUGUCAGUCUCUACUCAGCCCAGCAGUUGACGUUGGAACGUCACACCAAGCGGAAGUCGGUUUUCUAGUCGUGCCAGAAAAAUAAACGCCCAUAUUUUUUUUCUACCGGGAAGUGUGAUUAGUUACCGGUUGUUUUACGUCGAUAGAAAAACAGGUGGUGUUUAGAUUUCUACUAACGUGUAUUUACACGAGUGUCAACUGAAAAAAAAAACAAAGCGCCAUCAUUGGCGACGGGAGAAGAGUGUGUGUAAACAAACGUGAGUGAAUGCGCCAGAUUCGUCUAAUUAAUUAUCAUUUAUCACCGGGCGCAAUUAUAAUUAAACAAAAUUUAUAACUCUAGCCGCAAGGUCGGAUUCGUGGCGAAGAGGCUACGAGCCUAGCGCAACAGUAGCAGCAACAGCAGCUACAGCGGGGAGAUUGUUUUCUUAUUUUUAAUUAAGUUCGCGAUAACCACAUGGUCCGAGAGGCUUGAAACGUGUGUCUGUGAAUGUUGCCGUUUUCAUGAAUGACAUCGCAAACGAACGCAUCAAGGAAAGAAGAAGAUCCACCGGAGGAGUCAUCCAUAAACGAAACAUGUUAUAAUUAUUCAAAUAUUUAAGUACCGUCGAGAUAAACGACACUUCUUGCCAGUACGCGGCGAAGGCGCAGCUUCCUUCCUCGCUGGAAUGCGUCAAGUGUCAUUUGAGAAGCAAAAACACAGUGCUAAAAUUUAUUAGUGUUUAGAGUGGCAGAUUCGUUGAGAAAAAAAAUAACCAGAGUAAACUUUCGCGAGUUAUUUUAAUUAGAAAACAACACCAACGAGCAAAAGGGAGUGCAGCAAACAAACAAACAAAAAAAGGUUGCAUCGCAAUUCGCAAACACACUGACUGCAACCGUGUGCGAAAACCUAACGCGACCGAAGGAGGAGGAAAUUUGAGAAGCUUGAAGUCGUCGACGCAGCAAGCCAGGCAAAGCAUUUCUCAGCCGCGGCAAAGGAAGAACGCAGAGUAAUUCGAUCACCGCAGUCAGCCAGCCCGGCAGCCAGAGCGUGGUCGGGCAUUCUUCAGUGUUUCCCCGCGUCGUUGGUUGUGAAGCAACGCCGCGCGAAUCCCACGGUCGGUAGGUUCCCCAGCUCCGGCACCACGCGGAAGGAAUUUCGCAGUAUCGGCUACGGCCGACCGGUCUACGGUGCGUAUCAGCCCCCCAGCAGCUACUACCAGCACUACAGCAGCAACAACAGCAGCAGCAGCAGCAAGAUAGUUGCCAACAGUCAGUUAUCCAUGAUGACGAUGGACGUCACCAAGCCCGAACCGCCGUCGGGUGGUGGUGCUGCCGGACACAACGGUGGUGGCGGCGGCGGCGGCAGUGUUACCAGCAAUGGUCCCAAUUCACAGCAGCAACAAUCUCAGAAUGGUCCUGGUCAAACGGCGGUCAACCAGCAACUGUGCGCCGGUUGCGGUAAACACAUCCAGGAUCGGUUCCUACUGCGGGCGCUUGAUCUCCUGUGGCACGAGGAUUGCCUCAAAUGUGGCUGCUGUGAUUGUCGGCUCGGCGAGGUCGGUUCCACGCUGUACACCAAGGGAAACCUGAUGCUGUGCAAGCGGGACUAUCUCAGUUUGAAAAAUUCCAGACUAUUCGGCAACACUGGGUUCUGUGCGGCGUGCAACAAAGUGAUACCGGCGUUUGAGAUGGUGAUGCGGGCCCGGAACAACGUGUACCAUCUCGAGUGUUUCGCCUGUCAGCAGUGCAACCAUCGAUUCUGCGUCGGCGACAAGUUCUACCUGUGCGAGAACAAAAUCCUCUGCGAGUAUGACUACGAGGAGCGGCUAGUUUUCGCUUCGAUGGCUAACCAUCCGAUGCUAAAACGUCAAAUCGGUCAAGGAGGAGGCGGUGGUGGUGGUGGCGGCGCAGGAGGAGGUGGAGGACCCCAUCAACAACAGCAUGUCGGCGGCGGAAACCACCAUCCGCUUCAGAACGGAAUUGGUGGUCCAGCUUCGGCGGGACAUUCACCGAAUGCAAAUGCACUGAUGUCGCAGCUGGUUGCGGGUCAGCGAGUUGGCAACACGGGUGGCGGCUCCGGAGGCGAUCACAAUAAUAAUAGUAAUCUUUCGCUUGGUGGUGGAGGAGGAGGAGGAGGAGGCGGAGGAGGUCAAUCGCCGUUCGGGACGCCGACACACAUGAAGGCAGCCCUCAGCAGUGCUAGUUAGAUUAUUGGUAGCGUUGGUGGCAACACUGCUAGAAGAACAAUAAGAAAAUUUACCGGGGCUAGGAGCGUUUGUGAUUUUUAAUUUUAAUAAAUAACUACACUUAAGUUCGAUGCUUGAUUUAAUACCGGCUGUUUUGAUUUACUAUGUUAACUGAUUACUUAAGUUGAAUUUAAAAAUGUGAAACAGGCAUCAUUUACCUCACAGAACUGCUCCAACUUAAAAGAGGCCCCCGACUCAUAAUGAAAAACCUAAAACAACGAUGUGCAAUACUCUUAAGUCGUUACGUUCCGAAUCGGAUCAGCUGUCCUCCGAUCAAUAAAUAUACAAAGAAUCUUAAAAUGUGCCAAAAACAAAACUGUCCCAAAUAUCAAUCGUAAGCUGAUCGAAGGACCCCUCGUUCGUGUGUUUCAGAGAGUAGCCAAAUCGCGACGUGUUUCCGCAGCAACCCAACCACGGUUCGAUCAUAAAUCUAGACGUAAUUUUUUACGUUCGCUCGAUGUCCAAAGUCCUCUCCACUGGGAAUCCGUAAAAAAAAGUGGGAGGAGUACAUAAAUCAAAUUUACUCAAUUAGAUCAGCGCGCGGUGCUGCGUUUUUCGUAUUUGUUUUUCAACUUUUUUUUCGCGAACUCGAUAACCGUUUUCCCGGAUGGUCGUGCGGUUUAACACUUAAUUUUCCGCUACGACCAUCGACCAUUGGAAAUGAAUAAAUUUAAUAUUAAUGCGUUUUGAUAGUUUCGAGAACACGAACGGGGCGGGAAGGGCGGCGAAUAAUAACCAAAUAAAUAAACGAAAAAAAAAUGCAACCAAUCGACUGUCGAUGAUUCUCGCGAGACUUCAAGUUAAACUGGUUAGUUUUGCUUGUGUACAUUGUAUCUGUAAAUACUAGGCGAUAUCGAAUAUUUGUUGAGUAUGAUAACUAAUUUGUCGUUUUAUUUGCUAAGUUUCUUGCCAGAAGGCCAAUCAUUGGUUCACUUCUCCGAUCUUUUAGUUACGAAAGACUCAAAUAAUAGGGUAGAAACGUAUUGUCACGUUGAUAACUCAAUCCAGACAGUUCGGAAAAAAUAACCUAAAUGUUUUUGACAAAUUCAUAACGAAACCAUAAAAUAAAUGUUCUGGAACAUGUAAUAAAAAAGUAAUUCCCAAAAAUAAUUGAUAUAACAGAUUACAAAUAAAAAAACAGAGGGAAACCAAAGAAAACUGUACUAACUAUAAAGGCAAACGAAAGAAAGUAAACAUAAAUGGUAAUUAGACAAAUUAUUGAAAUAAAAAAA